AUGAUUGUUGAUGCUCUUGGACAUAAUGAAGAAAAUCCAAACAAUGAGCAAAUAAAUAAUGUCGAAGAGGAGCCAAAUGACGAAGCUAAGAACUUUCUUGAGCUCCUUAAAGCUGCCGAUAGCCCGUUGUGCGAAGGGAGCAAAGUAUCUGUCUUGGAGAUGGCAUCAAGAAUAAUAUCUUUGAAGUGUGAGUACAAUUUACCACACAGGUGUGUUGAUGGAUUUGCAUCUUUAUUGAAUGACGUGAUUCCAAAUAUUAACCAAAUGACUACAACGUUCUAUGAUACUAAGAAAGUUCUUAAAGGCUUACAACUCCCACAUGAGAAGAUACAUGCAUGUCGUAACGGUUGUAUGCUAUUUUGGAAAGGCGAUGCACAUUUAAUAAGUGUAGUGUAUGUGAGUGUGAUCGCUAUAAAGAAGACUCCUAAAGGCAAGCUUAUUCCAGAAAAGGUCCUAACAUAUUUUCCUAUCAAACUCCGAUUGCAAAGGCUUUAUGCGACAAAGAAUAUUUCAGAGAAAAUGACAUGGCAUGCCAAAAAGCCUCGAGUUCCGGGUACUAUGGAACAUCCUAGUGAUAGUGAGGCGUGGAAGCAUUUUGAUACCACUUUUCCUGAUUUUGCCUCUGAGACACGUAAUGUUCGAUUAGGUUUGUGCACUGAUGGCUUUUCACCCUUUGGUAAGUUUGGAGGACAAUAUUCUUGUUGGCCUGUAAUUCUUACUCCAUAUAAUUUGCCUCCAUCAAUGUGUAUGAAAAAGCCUUUCAUGUUCCUCUCUUUACUAGUUCCCGGUCCUAAGAAUCCAAAGGGUAAUUUAGAUGUCUACAUGCAACCAUUAAUUGAAGAGCUCAAACAAUUGUGGGAGAUUGGUGCUAUGACUUAUGAUAUUUCACAGAAACAAAACUUCAUGCUUCGUGCAGCGCUUCUGUGGACCGUAAGUGAUUUUCCUGCAUAUGGUAUGUUGUCUGGAUGGGCUACUGCUGGAAAAAAGGCUUGUCCAUAUUGUAUGGAAGAAACUAAGGCAUUUUGGCUUGAUAAUGGCAAUAAAGUCUCAUGGUUUGAUUGCCACAGGAAGUUUCUUCCACAUGAUCACCCUUUUCGUAAAAAUAAAACAGCUUUUCGCAAAAACAAAGUGGAAAAUGGCAUGGCUCCAGCUAUGAUGUCCGGAGAUGAUAUGUGGCAAUGUGUGAAAGACUUGCCUAAAGCCACUGAUGGCCCUGAAGCUCUCAAAAUCUUGAAGAAAGCUAAAAAGGGUUGGUUUAAACAAAGUUCUUUUUGGGAACUUCCUUAUUGGAAAGAUUUGCUUAUUCGACACAACCUGGAUGUCAUGCACAUUGAGAAAAACUUCUUUGAUCAACUUAUACACACAGUGAUGGAUGUGAAAGGCCAAACUUCGGACAAUGUUAGUGCGAGAAAAGACUUGAAGUGUCUAUGUAAGCGUCGACAGUUAGAGCUCACCUACGACGAACGGGGAAACGAAAUCAUGCCAAAAGCCCCUUUUGCACUUGACAAGGCUCAAAGGAAGGUCUUAUGUGAAUGGGUUCGUGACUUAAAGUUUCCGGAUGGAUAUGCAUCUGACUUGAGUAGAUGUGUAGAUCUUCGAACAUCUAGGCUUUUUGGAAUGAAAAGCCAUGAUUGUCAUGUCUUUAUGGAGAGGUUACUACCGGUUGCUUUAAAAGAGUUGCUACCUUCGCAUGUUUGGAAAGCAAUUACUGAGAUCAGUCAAUUCUUUCGUGACUUAUUGCAUCCACUAUCCAAGUCGAUGAUAUGGAUCGUUUGGAUAAAAAUAUAG